UCGGUAACUGAACCCUGGAGUCCUAACCGCACAGGAAAGAGGCGAGCUGAGCUGGGCUCGGUGGGCUGAACAACUUUCGUUCGAGAGAACAAGUGUACUUGCCUGAGUGAAAGUUUAAACAGCCAUGAAAAGUUUUAAACAGCGACUGAAGAAACAGGAGAGUUUACACAGCAACACAGACUGGAACAAGUAUGAUGAGCGUCUCCUGAGAGCAGUGGAAAAAGGCGACGUGGAGAAAGUUGCAGCCACACUCAAGAAAGGAGCCGUCGCCACCAAACAGGAUGCUGAAGGAUGCUCCGCACUUCAUCUCACAGCUUGUAAGGGGUUAAUCAACAGCCUCAAUGUUUUCCUUGCACACGGAGUCAACCUAUACUCUACAGAUGCUGCCGGUAAAACGGCUUUGCAUCUUUCUGCAAGUGGUGGCCAUUCUGCAUGUGUGCAGCGACUGUUACAGGUAGAGCAAGCCUUGCUUUCACUUUAUAAACAAUCGCAGGAAGACAUGGCUGUGUGA